GUAGUAGCAAAGGUUCUUUAACCGCAAAGGACUUCAACAAAAGCUGCUGUACUUCGGAAUUGUCUGAGAGCUUUAAAUCUAUGGCAUCGGAGUCUUCUCUUUUCUCAAGCAUUUAAAGCCUUUUGAACUCAUGCGAAUGUGUUCGAUGAUAUUUAACUGACCUGGAGAGACAAAUCUUUAAGUGGGAAUACUAUAAAGUGUGAAGCAUAUGUUGACGAUGAGCCUAAGAUUCCCUUACCCUAUUGAUCAUGCUCUGCAGGAGGUUUUCUCUUUCUGUUGGUACUGUUAAAAGUUCUCACUAAAAGGGUCACUCUAUAGGGAAGACAUGAUUUAAUUUUGUUAAUUUCAAAUUGCAUUAUCUAUUUAAUGAUAGAAUAACAUAUAUAUAUAUACAUAUUUAUAUCGUUGAUAAAAACGGAUUUAUUCUAACAAUCACUAAUCUUUUCUGGAUCUAAUAUGCUUUGCGAUAGUUUGAAGUCCGUCUAUAUUAUCCAUCGUUUAGGCAUUAGGUCACGUAUUCUAAUGCUUACUAAAUGCAUGUCUAUUUUAUUCUCCUUAUUUCUUUCACUGUGACCAGCCACAGCUUUCCUUGAAUUUCGCUCAUGCAUAAGUAUGUCUUAUUUUGGUAUUUACAUUUGUUGCUUCCUUUCCUUUCAACUAUCUUUUGUCGACGUUUUGGAUCCUAUGCUUUUGCCUUGUCACUAAUGUUUUCCUUACGGAGAAUAUUAAUUUGUAUUGAUGAGUUCAAUGUCAAGUUUAGAGCAAAACAUUGAUGAUGAGCCCGCUAUGAUUUCUCUCGCGGGUGGACUUUCAAAUAGUUAUUCACUUUUAGAAACUUUAAGUAGUAGCCUAUCCAGCUGCUCGCGGACCGAUGAAUCGGCAAGGUCACCUGGGAAAGGAAAGCAGACCCUCCAACCGCCCUCGCCUCAAAAUAUUGAGGAUGAGAUCUUACAGGAAAUUAUGCAAAGCCGCACUUAUGGUGAAUGCAAUCUCGCUGCUCUUCAGCUAUAUCUAGUACCUUCUGGGCUUCCCUUAGACUCGCUUACAUUGCUUAAUCUAUCGCAGAAUAAUUUGGUCGAGCUGCCACAGGAGAUGUUUAUUCAUCCCUGCUGCCAGCAUUUGAAUAGUAUUGAGAUUAAUUCAAAUAAAUUGAAGCACCUUCCUGCGUCUUUGUUUUAUUUACCGAAAGUUAAAAUCUUGAUGCUCAAUGGCAACCAUAUAGCCACUCUCCCACAGCUGGAUCCCGAUAGAAAAAUAUUACCUUCCCUAGAGCGAGUGGGGCUGGAGAAUAAUGUGCUAAAGGAGUUCCCAAUUUGUUUUUUUGAGCAUUGCCAAUUUCUGAGAGAAGUCCUGCUUGGGCAAAACGAAGAAAUGCUUAAAAAGGUCCUUCCGUAUGAAAGUCUCUCUAACUGCAUUCUUGCAAGGAUGUGGAAUAAGAACGGGGAGGGUGAACAGACAUUGCUUAGAAUAGAUAAUAGGCCACUGAUAGUAGAGCAGAUUGCAACCGAAGAUUGGUCCACAAACCUCUCAUGGCUGUCGCUUUCCUUGAACAAAAUUUACCCUGAUAAAGUGAUAGACUUUUUAUUCAUCGGAUCUCUGCGCACAGCUCAAACAGCUUCAGUUUAUGACGAUUGUGGCAUUAGAUAUGUUCUGACUAUAGGAAGGGAUAUGGAGGUGAAGGUUGAACCGGGUAUGUUUCACAGAAUCCUUCUAUUUGACGACUUUCCCGAGGAGAAUAUUGCCUUUAUUUUCAAGGAGGCCUUUGAGUUUAUUGAUCAAGCUAGGAAAUCAAAAUUUGGUGUUCUUGUACAUUGCUUCGCUGGGCUGUCACGCUCUGUUGCUAUUGUAGCGGCUUACAUCAUGAGGGAGAUGCAUAUCUCGUACGAACAGGCCAUAUCAAUUAUCAAGCGUGCACGGCCUGCGGCACACCCUAAUGAGGGGUUUGUUAAAACAUUACUAGAAAGCGAAUCAAAACUAAUUAACGGGUUUUAUUAG